AUGGAUUACACAGACCCCUUCCUCCAAGUCCAAGCGGACGUCCUCUCCACCCUACAAAGCACGCGACCGCUCUUCUCCUCCUACCUGCGCAUCCGCUCGCUCGCCAAAUCCCCCAGCAACCCGGAGCUGCAACAAGCGCGCUCGGAGCUCGAAACCACGCUGACCGACCUCACCGCCGACCUGGACGAUCUCGUCGAGAGCGUGCGCGCCAUCGAGCAAGAUCCCUACCGGUUCGGUCUGGAGCUGGAAGAGGUCCAGCGUCGUCGGAGUCUCGUCACCGAGGUGGGCGCCGAGAUUGAGAAUAUGCGCCAGGAGCUGCAGCGGGCAGUCACGACGGCAGACGCCGCGGCGGCGGCGAGCGGUGGUGGUGGUGCGGGGUCCUCACAUCUGCCGAAUCCGGCGGAUUUUGAUGAUGAAGACGGGGGUCUGUUGUCGCCGUCCGGGGAGCGGGGCGAUGAUUACUAUGCGGCCAUGGAGCAGCAGCGGCAGAUGGAGCUGAUGCAUGAGCAGGAUGAGCAGCUGGAUGGGGUGUUUCGGACGGUGGGCAAUCUCCGGCAGCAGGCGGAUGAUAUGGGACGGGAGCUGGAGGAGCAAGCGGUGAUGAUUGACGAGGUGGAUACCCUGGCCGAUCGGGUCGGGGGCAAACUACAGAGCGGGAUGUCGCGAUUGAAACAUAUCAUCCGGAAGAAUGAAGAUACAAUGUCCUCCUUCGCCAUCGCGGUCUUGAUAUUCGUUCUAAUCCUCCUCUUGAUCCUGCUCCUUGUGCUUUGA